ACGGUCGGCAUUCCACAUGGACUGCAUGCUUUUUCUUUUCUUCAUUGCUGAAGAUAAGAUUCCGUCACGUCCAUUCGGCUCUCUCACAAUUUGGCUUUGUUUCAUGUGUUUAUCUCGUUUUGCAUCAAACGGGUGCACCCACCCCGCAUCCAUAUCUUGUUUCCUCGCUGAUAACAACAAGUUGAAACAAAGAUAUCAGGAACUAACUAAUGUAUUUGAUCAUGUGCUGACAUGCGGCGGCAGCCUAUGUCUGUAGCUUUGAUGUGAAUGUGGCAAAUAUUUCCCUCGUCUUUGUCAUUGUCGAAGCCGUUGAAGUCACAUUUAGUCGUGUCACUGAUACAUUCUUUUCGCAUAAAAACUUGAAAUCGGAGCUCACUUUUCAACUUGGUAUCACCGAUGGCUCAUUCUUCUGCAUCUUGCUCCAGUGUUAAUCAGGCAAGGAAGGUCUCGGAGCUUUCGUCUUGGCUGGUACUGAAGGUAGGACAGGAUGAGUGGCCCAAAACACGAAGAAGAGAGCGAUGACGCCAAUGUCAACAAGGAAAACGCUACGCCGACGAGUCCUAACUCCAAUACGAAGCCACCCACCCCCGAGGUGCGCGUGAGGGUGGGAGGAGUUCUGUUUGUCCUGGACAUGGACACCUUGCAGCAACUCAACAGUGAGUAUUUGAACAGGAGAGUGGUCUUUAAGGAUUCUGAUGCUGCUCCUUCUAUUCAGGAGUAUCACCAAGGAAGCCCUCGGAAACUUGCUCAGGAUGAUGCCUCCCUCGCUGCAGUUGUAGUGGAAGAGGGUGAUGCUGAAUGUUUCUCAUCUUUUCUUCACAUGGCAAGGUUUGGAACACUCCCAACCUCAAUCUUUGUUCCAGAGAAGCGUGACUUGCUGCUCAAUCAGGCGGAUGCCAUCUGGGGGAUCCGCCCCCAAGUCGAAGCGGCACUUGAGAAGGCGAGGAAUGAGUUUCGUCAGUGUUGCAACUGUGCGGAUGCCAUCUAUCGUUGCAUGAUGAUGUCGCCGCACUCCACCUCGCCACCAGUGGCAGCACAGGCCAGGCUUCCAUCUGCUGCACCUCCUGUUACGGCGUAUGCCAGUGCCAAGUCGAACUACGCCGCGGUGCCUGCCGGAGAGUCUGUAGUGCAUUUGGGCGGACCUCAUCAUAACUUUCGCCGUGAUGAUGGAUCGCGACGUGUGUUCUGUUCUGCUUGCGGCCAUCGCGACAUUGACUGGCGCUACCAUGUGGGAGACUACUACUCUUCUUGUCAAAAGUGCCAGAAGGAAAUCCGCUACAAGCCUGACCUUGGUUGGUGCCACAAGUGCCGCCAAUGCGAUACGUGCCAAACAUCGGAGUGCCCGGGUGUCCCCAUCAAGCAAAUGGAGGAACAAGUAGUCCCCUUCAUUAUAGCUAGUUUGAAGAACAACGAGAGCUCCCUCACCUUCUUCUAACCCUUGUCUUUCUUCUAUUGCUCUGCUUUCGUCGGAGUGGAAGCAAGGAGGAAUGAUUGGCAACGCACCGUAUGAACUAUCAGGCCACUAGCUGGCGCCGGAUGAAAAAGCGUGACAAAACUUUGCGGGGAUCUAUUACAAUGAUACCAGGAAAACAACACAAAAGAAUGCAGUGGUCUUGUUUGGACGCAUCACCUCACGAUGCUGGACCCACUGUAUGAGAAACGGGACAUUUAUUUUCACAAAUGCCGACUAAUACUACUACUCGGUCAGUAACAACUAUAGAGCAACUCUAGAUAUGAACUUUGUUUCUUUAAUUAAUAGUCACUCUUAGAAAAGAUACGGUAAUUUUUCUGCGAGAAGGCUGCUUCCUACGCUCGAUACCGGUAGCAGUUUAUUGCCUCCAUCGUACCGGUAUCAAUGUAUUGUGCUUUUGCUUUGCAGUCGUGACUCUGCGGAAUUGAUUCUGUGGAGAACAUUCCAUGCUGUUGCAAGGUUCUAGACUAGUACCAGUGGAUUGUCGUCUAUGCUUUUGGAGGGAAAAUUGGGACCCCUGAAAAGAGGCUGGCCAAGGAGAUUCCACCGACCAUGAGCAGAAUGGUA